AUGGGUAUAUUCUCGGACCUCGCCUGGUCGGCAUCAUUGCUGCGCAAGGCGACGGAGCAAGGGUCCAAGUUUAUGGCCACGUUCUCAACGCUGACGGCAGAGUCGGCCGAUGCAACGCUCGGGACUUCGGACGUGGGGCUUGCCCUGCAUGAGGUGCUCGACGCAUGGAACCUGGUGCAGUCGGGCAUCGAGGCGUGGACGGCGGCGCUCCACCACGGCGUCGUCGAGCCUGCGCGCGCCAUCGUGACCGAGUACAAGACCGAGUCCGAGGCGCUCUCAUCCGAGUAUGAGGAGGAAGCCAAGAAGCACGCGAAGGCGGUGAAGAAGGCCGAAAAGACGUCGUCCAAGCUCGGUGUCAAGGCCAUGAAGAACAAGGCCGGCGCCGACGAGCUGACGGCCUCGCUCAACUCGGUCUCUGACGCCAUCCAGAACGCGCAGCGGUUCGAGAAGGACGCGCUCCGCCGUAUCGUUCUCGCCCAGCGGCUCCGCUACUGCCGACUUCUUCGCUCGACCUCGUCGGCGCUCACCGAGAUUGUCGGCGUCUUCCAGACCGGCGCCAGCCUCGCCGGCUCGCUCGAGGCCUGGGACGUGGUCGCCGACACCGCCCAUGAACUUCCGCCUUCAAUCCGCGCCAUCGUCUCAACCGACGCCGUCACAUACAUCGAUCUCAAGGCGCCCGACACGCCCGGCGGUGAGGGCGCUCCAGCGGGUACCGACGAGGCCGUCGUCCUUCUCUCGGACCUGCAAGCCCACUCGGGCGGGCUCGAGUACCUGCAGUCGGUCGACUCGGAGAUGGUCGUGACCAAUGUGCAGGAUCAGGUCGAGGCGAGCCGCAUGGAGGCCGCCGCGGUCCUCAUUCAAGCCUGGUGGCGCGGCAUUCUCGAACGCCGCAAGCUCAGCGCCGCAGGCACCAUGAUCCGCACCGUCCGCCCGGACACGGGCGUCUCGUCGACCGUUGUCCGCCUCCGCAAGGGUCUCGACGUCCCGCGGCUCCUGCCGUACUGGCACGACAAGUACGACGACUCGACGGUCGAUCUCUCGAUCGAGGCCAUGGCCAUCGAUUUCCUCAUUCGCAAAAUGACUCAGCCGGGCGUCGGCGACCGCUCCCUCCGCAAGAUCUUCAUCCUCACCCACUCGCUCUACCUCCCGGCGCUCCGGCUCCUCACCUACCUCGAGAUGCGGUUCUUCUCGCUCCCUGCGUCGACCGCGCAGGCCACCGUCGACGCGUUUGUGGCCAAGGAGCAGGCGCCGAUGCAGCUGAAGACGCUCGCUUUCCUCGCCGAAUGGGUUUCGCUCGCGCCGUACGAGUUUCCCUCACACGGCACCCUCGCCGCCGCCGUCACCACCUUCCUUGAUCGCGUCGACGCGUCGGAGCCGCUCGCAGCCUCGGUCGCCGCCGCCGCCACCAAGCUUCGCGAAAAGUGGAAGUCGCGCCUCGACGAGGACGCCGCCGCCGUCAUGGACCAGCUCCGCGCACUCUCGCUCGGCGACUCGGACUCGGACGAGUCGGACGACGACGACACUCUCGGCGCGUCGUCGGCCGCCGCCUCGGAGCUCGCCUCGGCCAGCUCCAUCACUUUUGAAGAGUCGACUCAGGCUCCGCCAUCACUCCUUCUCACCUCCAAGCCGCUCCACACCAUGGCGCAGCUGCACCCACUCGAGGUUGUCCGCCAGCUCACGCUCCUCGACUAUGCCGUCUUUGAGCGUAUCAAGCCGAACGAGUUCCUCGGGCAGGCCUGGGCCCGCAAGGGCGCCGAGAUGCGGGCGCCGUACGUGCUCGCCAUGAUCAAGCGGUUCAACGACACCGUGGCAUGGGCACGGACCGAGGUGCUCAAGUGCGACGGGCCCAAGUACCGCGCCCGCAUGAUCUGCAUCAUGCUCGACGUGGCUAACAACUGCCUCGCCCUGCAAAACUACAACGCACUCAUGGCCAUUCUCUCCGCCCUCGAAGGCGCCGCCCUCACCCGCCUCAAGUACACCUGGGAGCUCCUCCCGCCCGAGUACGACGCCCUCUUCCUCGACCUCAAGGACGUCAUGUCCAUGACCCACAACUACCGCGCCUAUCGCGACAAGCUCAAGUCGGCCGCACCACCGCUCAUCCCCUACCUCGGCGUCUCGCUGCAGGACCUCACUUUUAUCGACGAUGGCAACGAGUCGUUUGUGCAAAAGGUCGAUGGCGCCCACCUGGUCAACAUGGCCAAGCACCGCAUGACCUACGAGGUCGUUGCAGACCUGCUCUCCUUCCGCUCCGGCUCGGCUUACGUCUUCCAUCCGGUCCCCACCAUCCAGACCUAUCUCGCCCACGCCGCGCCCAAGUGGGACGAGAACAAGUGCUACUCGAUGUCGCUCGAGCACGAGCCGCGCGGCAUGAAGCCGCCGCCCAAGGGCCGCCGCAAGAAGAUCGUCUACUCGCCGCUGGCAGGCUCCGAGGCCGCCGAGUUUGACCUUGGUCGCAACGCCCGCUUCCUUGACGACAUGAUGUCGCGCAUGGACAAGCACAAGGCUGAGCCUGGCCAGACCAUUGUCGAGGCCGGUGACCUCGGCCGCGAGAUGUACUUUAUCGCCUCGGGCCAGGUCGCCGUCCACCUGCCCAGCGGCGCAGACGUUGCCCUCUCGCGCGGCUCGUUCUUUGGUGAGAUCGCCCUCUUCCUCGACACCGUCCGCACCGCCACCGUCGUCGCCUCUACCCCGGUCGUCCUCUACGUCCUCCGCAAGACCGUCCUCGACGAGGUCCUCCGCUCCUACCCGACCAUCCAAUCCCAGUUCAAGGCUCUCGCCCAUGCCCGCGUCGCCAUGAACGAGUCGGACGGUGGUGCGUCCGAGCUCCCGGCCUGGAUGAAGAAGCUCGCCGGCCGCGCCACCGCCGUCACCAUCAAGCGCGAGAAGCGCUCGAAGCGGAGGACCGUCCCAGGCAGCUCAGCCUAG